GUGUCACGUCAGCCGGUUUGACGUUUGACAUGUCGACGUUAUUGCUGGCGUGAAUUGUUUGAGAUAAUUUUUUGAAAUAAAAAGAACUGUAAAUACUUGCAAAAACGAGAAGAAAUGUUGACAAAAUUUGAGACUAAGUCCGCUCGAGUGAAGGGUAUAUCGUUUCAUUCCAAACGGCCAUGGGUCCUUGCCAGUUUGCACAAUGGUGUGAUUCAGCUAUGGGACUAUCGAAUGUGUACACUCUUGGAGAAAUUUGACGAACAUGACGGCCCUGUGCGUGGCAUAUGCUUCCACAUACAGCAGCCCUUAUUUGUAUCUGGAGGUGACGAUUACAAGAUCAAGGUGUGGAAUACCAAUCAAAGAAGAUGUCUCUUCACUUUACUUGGCCACUUAGAUUACAUCAGGACAACAUUUUUCCAUCAUGAAUAUCCGUGGAUCUUGAGUGCUUCAGAUGAUCAGACAAUAAGAAUAUGGAACUGGCAAUCACGUCAAUGCAUCAGUGUACUCACUGGACACAACCAUUAUGUUAUGUGUGCACAAUUCCAUCCCAACGAAGACCUAUUGGUAUCAGCUUCAUUAGACCAAUCUGUACGAGUGUGGGACUUCUCCGGACUCAGGAAGAAGAGUGUGGCUCCCGGACCUACUGGGUUAGCAGAACAUUUGAGGAACCCACAAGCUACAGAUUUGUUUGGUCAGGCGGAUGCAGUAGUGAAGCAUGUUCUAGAGGGACAUGACAGAGGUGUCAACUGGGCAGCAUUCCACCCCUCGCUGCCACUGAUUGUGUCCGCGGCUGACGACAGACAAGUCAAGUUCUGGAGAAUGAAUGAUGCUAAGGCUUGGGAGGUGGAUACUUGUCGGGGACACUACAACAACGUGUCCUGCGUGCUGUUCCACGCGAAGCACGAGCUGAUCCUGUCCAACAGUGAGGACAAGUCCAUCCGAGUGUGGGAUAUGACCAAGAGGACAUGUUUGCACACCUUCCGCAGGGAACAUGACCGUUACUGGGUGCUGGCGGCACACCCCUCGUUGAAUUUGUUCGCUGCGGGACACGACGCCGGCAUGAUAUUGUUCAAGUUGCAACGCGAGCGGCCUGCCUACGCUGUUUAUAACAAUAUAUUGUUCUAUAUCAAGGACAGACAACUACGUAAAUUGGAUAUGCUGACAAACAGAGAUGCUCCAGUGAUGCAGAUAAAAGGCGGCGGUCGUAACCAGCCUUAUAGUAUGUCGCUGAACCACGCUGAAUGGUGCGUGUUGGUGAGCUGGCGUGUGGGUGACAACCACUCGUACGAACUGUACGCUAUACCGCGGGACGGUGCUGAUGCGCCCUCCAUAGAGCCGGCGCGAGGACAGGCCACCUCCGCGGUCUGGGUCGCCAGGAACAGGUUCGCAGCGUUGGAGAAGAACAACCAGUUGGUGAUAAAGAACUUGAAGAACGAGGUGUCAAAGAAGAUAGCGACGCCGACGUGCGAGGAGAUCAUGUACGCGGGCACCGGCAUGCUGCUGCUGCGCGAGACUGACUCCCUGCAAUGGAAGUAAUUAUAUUCCGUGCGUCAGGUGAAGGUGAGCAAGUGCCGGUACGCGGUGUGGAACGCGGACAUGUCGGUGGUGGCGCUGCUGGGCAAGCACUCGGUGACGCUGUGCUCGCGCCGCAUGCAGCAGCUGUGCGCGGUGACGGAGGGCGCGCGCGUCAAGUCCGGCGCCUUCGACGACUCCGCGCCGCAGCCCGUCUUCAUAUACACCACGGCCAAUCAUAUCAAAUACUGCUGUAAGGAUGGUGACUACGGCAUCAUCCGCACGCUGGACGUGCCGGUGUACAUAGUGAAGGUGUUGUCGGGCGAGGGCGGCGCGCGCGUCGUCUGCCUCGACCGCGAGUGCCGCCCCAAGGUGCUCAGCAUCGACCCCACAGAGUACAGGUUCAAGUUGGCACUGAUAACGCAGCAGUACGACCAGGUGCUGCACAUGGUGCGCACAGCCAAGCUCGUCGGACAGAGCAUCAUCGCGUAUCUGCAAGAUAAGGGUUACCCCGAGGUGGCACUCCACUUCGUGAAGGAGCCCCGCACGCGGCUGUCGCUGGCGCUGCAGUGCGGCAACAUCGAGGUAGCACUGGAGGCCGCCAAGAGUCUUGAUGAGCCUGACUCCUGGGACAAACUGGCGAAAGCAGCACUCGCUAUUGGCAACCAUCAGAUCGUAGAGAUGUGUUACCAGCGUACAAAGAACUUCGACAAGCUGACGUUCCUAUACUUGGUGACGGGCAACAUAGAGAAGUUGUGCAAAAUGAUGAAGAUAGCUGAGAUCCGUAAAGACGCCUCCGCGCAGUUCCAGUGCGCCAUGCUGCUCGGUGACGUGCCGGAGAGGAUCCGACUGCUCAAAGCCUCAGGACAGACGACACUGGCGUACCUGACGGCAGUGAACCACGACCAGGUGGAGGAGGCGGAGCAGCUGCGCGCGGCGCUGCAGGCGGCCGGUAUGGCGGUGCCGGAGCGCAACCCCGACGCGCAGUACAUCUGCCCGCCGCUGCCCGUGCUCGAGGAGCAGUCCAACUGGCCGCUGCUCGCUGGAUCUAAGAGCGUGUUCGAGACUGGCGGUGAUGGUGAUGUGGUGGCGGCCGAGGUGGGUGAUGAGCCGCUAGAGGCCGCUGGCGCCUGGGGCGAUGAUGAUGAAGAUAUUUUACUUGAUAAUAAGGCGGAGGGUGAGGGCGAAGGCGUGGGCGAGGAGGGCAUGGAGGACGCGUGUGAUGAUGGCGGCUGGGACGUCGGGGAUGACGACCUCGAGCUGCCUGAAGUACUCGCUCCUGUCUCCGCGGACAUCGAGGGCGGUGCGGAGGAGACGUCGUACUUCGCGGCGCCGAGCCGCGGCGCGGGCGCGGCGCUGGCCAAGCUGCGCACGGCCCACGACCACGUCACUGUCGGACAGUUUGAAGUCGCCUUCAGGUUACUGAACGAGCAAGUGGGCGUGGUGAACUUCGAGCCGUACAGCGAGGUGUUCGUGCGCAUGUUCGCGUGCGGGCGCGCGAUGUUCGGCGCGCUGGCCAGCCUGCCGCCGCUGCACGCGCACCUGCAUCGCAACUGGAAGGAAGCCAGCGGCGCAGACCUCAUGCCAGUCAUCACGAUGAAGCUGAACGAGCUGGUGUCGCAGCUGCAGCAGUGCUACCAGCUGACGACGGCGGGCAAGUUCUCGGAGGCGACGGAGAAGCUGCGCGGCGUGGCGCAGGCCGUGCCGCUGCUGCACGUCGCCGGCAAGCAGGAGCUGGCGGAGGCGCAGCAGCUGCUCGCCAUCGCCCGCGAGUACCUGCUCGGCCUGCACAUGGAGACCGCCAGGAAAGCGAUGCCGAAAUCUACAAUAGAAGAACAGAAGCGCACGUGCGAGAUGGCCGAACUAGGACCACGGCCGGAAGUCGCACAACAAGCCAGAAAGAUCCUCCAAGCUUGCGAAAUGACACCCACAGAUGAACACCAGCUGUUAUAUGAUGAACAUAAUCCAUUUACAAUCUGUGGGAUUUCAUACAAACCCAUAUAUAGAGGGAAACCAGAAGAGAAAUGUCCAUUAUGUGGAGCUAGCUUCUUCCCCGAACAUAAAGGGAAAUUGUGCCCAAUUUGUGGUGUUGCGGAGAUCGGUAAAGAUGUUAUAGGAUUGAGAAUCUGCCCCAUACAGUUCCAGAGAUAAUUAUGUUUAAUUUAUGUAUCAUUUUCAUAUAACUAUCGUGUAAGGAAUUAUAGAAUAAAAUAUUAUUGUAUGCCA